UGCCUGGAAGGUGCGUGUGUCUCAGAAAACCCAGCUGAAGGGAUUUCUCUGUGCUGUGAGCCUCUUGACAUAAUACUCGAUUAACCGCCGUGUCCACGUGGAUAAUCAAUCAGUCAUGGAGUUAUUGGUUCGAUAUCUGGACAGGAACAACUCAGUGAGCUCUGUCUCGACGCAGGACAUUAUCAAAGAGGAGAACCUGAGAGAUGACCUGAGGUAUUACUUCAUGAGCCCCUGUGAGAAGUACCGGGCCCGGCGACAGUUACCCUGGAAGCUUUUAUUGCAGAUUCUGAAAAUCAUCAUGAUCACCUCACAACUCAUCCUGUUUGGCCUUAACAACCAGCUGGUGGUGUCCUAUAAGGAGGAGAACACCAUGGCCCUCAAGAAUCUUUUCCUGAAGGACUACAGCGGGGUGGAUGAGGACGACUACAGUGUUGCUGUCUACACUCAACAAAGUGUCUACGAUAGUCUGUUUCAUGUCAUGGAUCAGUACAGCCAGUUGGGCCGGCUCUCUGUGGGUCCCAUCAGUUACGCGGAGGAUGAAGGCGGUAACCGGCUGCCUCUCAUCAUCUGUAAAGAAUACUACAAGAGAGGCAGCGUGGAGCCCUCGGAAGAGGCCUAUGACAUAGAUGCCCAGCUAGAAACAGUUUGUUUGUCACAUGAUCCAAAGACUGUUAACGAGACGAGAACCCAGAAUUCAUCCUUUUUCGAUCUGGACUUUUACAGGCUUGUUGACAUCAAAAUAACCUUCCAGCUGAAAGGAAUCAACCUGCAGACGGUGCGCAGACGGGAGCUACCUGACUGCUACUUGUUCUACGUUACGAUAACAUUUGACAACCAGUGUCACAGUGGAAAGGUGAAAAUCUUCCUGGACAUAGAUACUCAGAGCUCUGCGUGUCAAAACUGGAAGAUAUCUGGGACAGCUCAGAAGAACACACACUAUCUGCUGGUGUUUGACGCCUUCGUCAUUCUUGUUUGCCUCACAUCGGCUGUGCUGUGCACCCGCUCCAUUGUGCUGGCUGUCAGGUUACUCCAGAGAUUCUCCAGAUUCUCCCAUGAGAACUACAACCGUAAAGUGUGUGAGGAUGACCAGGGCGAGUUUCUGAACGGCUGGUAUGUGCUGGUCAUCGUAAGCGACCUCUUGGCCAUAGUAGGAUCCAUACUGAAGAUGGAAAUACAAGCAAAGAGUCUGACCAGUUAUGAUGUGUGCAGUAUCUUCCUGGGAACGUCGACAUUAAUGGUGUGGGUCGGCGUCAUCAGGUACCUGGGAUACUUCCAGAAAUACAAUGUGUUAAUUCUGACCAUGAAAGCAGCCUUCCCCAAAGUCCUGCGUUUCUGCUGCUGUGCCGGCAUGAUCUACCUCGGCUACACCUUCUGCGGCUGGAUCGUACUGGGGCCUUACCAUGAGAAGUUUGAGGGCCUGAGUCGUGUAGCAGAGUGUCUAUUCUCCCUGCUGAACGGCGACGACAUGUUUGAAACCUUCGCCCAGCUGAAGGACAAGAACACUCUGGUGUGGCUCUUCAGCCGAGUGUACCUCUACUCCUUCAUCUCCCUGUUCAUCUACAUGGUACUGUCGCUCUUCAUCGCCCUUAUCACCGACGCCUACGAGACCAUCAAGAAUUUCCAAAAGGACGGGUUCCCGCUGACGGACCUGCAGAAGUUCCUCAGAGAGCAGAAAGAUUUUCCUGUCGCAGAAUCGAGCAGUCAGACAGACGCUAACGUCAGAUACUCAUCUGCAUUGUGCUGCUGCCAACGAGUUCCUGAAAGUGAUGAUGUCAUACUGAUCAGCUGACAGCUGUCUCCAGGGGACACGGAUCAGGGAGAAGGAGGACACUGGGAACACGAUUUCACAAGUCUGAUACAGAAUGUGAGCUCAAGCGAUCCACAGCAAAAUCCUGCUAAGUGUAGAGUAACCGAUUCUGUCAAGUGCAAUAUGAAUCACCAACCAAAAGUUCCCUCCCUUGAAGAAUAAACUGGAGCUCGAAUUAAAGAGCUGGAACUGGAAACACAAAGGUUUUAUAACAGUAUCAGUGGGAGUUCAGGAUGCUGUUGAGAAGUCUAGUGGCCCUUUUUAGGGUCUGUAUGUGUAUUUACGUGCCAAAGAGUCAGUGUUUUCUGCAUUUGGCUGUGCCUGCAAACACUGGUACAACAUUAUGCAGUGCUGGAUGUAAUUUAUUUGUCAAGUGUGGUAAAGAUUGCAGUAAAGAUGACCUUUUCAUUUGUAUGUA